AUGGAGUCAGAGCUUUCGUACCAUGUUGGAGACCUGGCGAGCACCGAGUCAAAUGUUGACUCAACAGAAGGCUCAGCGGUACCGGCUCUCCCAGAACCUAGCCCGUCCUCUCUGAGCUCUGAACGCAUCAUCGCCGAGAGCGGCCCACCCAAGAUGCCCAUUUACCUCUGGGUUGGCAUCAGCAGAAACCCCAACGUUCCCCUCUAUGCACUCGAGAGAACCGAGGAUUUUGACGCCAUCUUCUGGGUCCAAGCCAGUGACGUUGGAAACCUCUACAAGGGAUUCUGUGGCAUUGCUGAAGCCCUCGGCCUCAUGGAUGAGGGCGACAAAGAAGAUAUGGUCAUCUGCCGCGACAAGGUACUGCAGUGGCUUUGUAACCCGCGCAAACAGCAGCAACCACCAACAGCGGCGAGCUCUGCCGAUACCACUGCAGCUGGUUCUAAAUUUGCGAAGUGGUUGAUCAUCUUCGACGGUGUCGACGAUAUCGACAUCGUGAGCGAGUUCUGGCCGCUUACAGCCCACGGUUCCAUCCUGAUGGGCGAAAGUAUCAGAAUUUAUAGCGCUGACCCCCGCCCUCAGACUCUGUUUGAACACCUCGGCUACCUCCCUCUAGCUAUCUCCCAGAUUGCCGCGCAAGUCAGAAGGGAUCAUACGACCUUCGAGGAAUAUCUUAGGAUAUGCAACAGAAAGCACGAGAGCAGCGAACUCGACACAGGCCUGUUGCUUGGAAAACUCAACAAAGUCAAGGCUCUCCCGCCCAGAGAGCAAUACCGCUUUACCGUCUCUACGGCCUGGAAGGUCGAGUCGUUCUCCCGCCAGACGCUUUGCCUCCUGUGUGUGAUGGUGUUCAUGGAUCAUGGCGCGGUGGCCGAAAGCAUUCUACAGCAAACGGUGGACAUGGACAACCUGGACUUAGAGGACGACGACCUGGACUUAGAGGACGACAACCCGGACCUAGAGGACGAGCUUAGGAUUCUCUAUCCCUGGUACAGCCGCGUGUACUUUCCCGCCCGAGCCGAACUCUUGAGGACCUCUCUCGUGAGUAGAAACACCGAAACCGCGGCGCUUGGAUGUAACAAGCUAGUGCAGGAGGUCGUGCGGGCAAAGAUGACGCCCAAGGAACGGUACAUUUAUUACCAGAUCGCCGUCGAUUUGCUCUGCGGAGCCUGGGAGUCUGCAUCGGGCAGGCUCCACCGGAGCCACCGGAGCGAGAGCUUGUACAAAAAGAAAAUCCAACACGACCAGGUUUUGCCUCAUGUGUUGACCAUCCUUGCCGCCUACGACUCGGUCGCGGGAUACUCGAGCCUACCGUUUGAGACGGCACGGCGUCUGCUUACGUUGCUAUCCGUGGCAAGCUGGUAG